CCCCUUCCCUCUUUGCUCUCUUGAUCUUCAAUCCAGUUUCCAGAUCAGAUUCCUCUUUUUAUCUUUAUUCAAUUCAAUUACCCUCUCAUUGAAACUCCCAAUCAAGACAAUGCAUUGCAUUAAUUCUUUAUUUUAUAUCUUCUUUUAGCACGAACAAGAUCAUCAGGAUUACAGUUGGUUUCUGGUUGGAACUUAGAUUAGACUUGGUCUUCUAUUGACUUUUCAUUCUUCUUACAUUAUGCCUCACGUUGUAGAUUCUUGAAACUUUUUCUUACUUCCUCGGCGGGUUCAUUUUUUUUUUUUUUUUCAAAGAACUUUUUGGAUCAAAGUAUGAGUAGAAGGAGAUCAUCAUAACAAGUGAGGUAAAGCUUGUUCAUUGAGUUGACUUGAUGGGUUCAUAUAUCUUCUCUGUGAUCUGCGUUCUCCAUUCAUUGUUUGCAAUAACAUGCGGAUCCUUAAUAAUGUUCUAUCUUAAAGAAACAUAUGUCUUUGGUUUGGGUGUUGAGACGGCUAGAAGGCUUUCAGGAUCAACCCCUCAUGAUGAAUUGUUGCUCCAGAUUUCCAAUUCUUUUGCGGGUUUGCUUCUAUUUGUUGUUGGAUUUUUGCUGCUGAUGGUGGCCUCUGUUAAGGACAUGGAGUUCCAGUGGUUUUUCGCUAAAGGGUGCAUUCUUUUACAUGUAUCAAUGGCUGUUUGGAGGAUUGCUUUUGAGAGAAAGCUUGAAGAUUUGGCAUGGGAUUGGCCAAGGCAGGUAAUUGGGGAUUUUUUACUGGCGCUUUCUUGGGUCUUCUUUUUGGUGAAAACAUGGAGAGACAAGUAUGAUUAGUUUCUACUCAUAAAUUCGAAACCAGAUCAAAGGUUUUGAGUUUGUGAUCUCAGUUUUAAUGUAUUAAUUCUGGUGUUUUGAGGCUUUAGUAAAUGAUUUAAAGCAAUUUUGGAGAUGUGUUAUUACUUGCUUUUAGUUGACAAGAUAUUGAAUGUUGAGAAAAGUCAGGUGGCUGAGCUUCCUGGCCAACUGUAUAUUGUUGUAAAGAAUAAAUACACCAUUG